AUGGUUACGAUGACAGCUACAGUAAGGGUUAUGACUUCGAGGGUGAUGAACGGGCUGAUAUAUAAACGGGCUGCGGUCAAUGGCAAGGUGUUGACGUCGCCAUUGUUUCAGAGUACCAUUGCAAGCAAUUUCAGAAGAAUGUCCUCUUCGGUUACUGGUUUUUACAUUCCUCCCACCUCUUACUUCGGCGAAGGUGCCCUCGAAGAGUCGGUUGCACACCUGAAGAAGCAGGGAUUCGGCAGGGUGUUGAUCGUCACGGACCCGGGCAUUGCCAAGAUUGGCGUAAGCGACAAGGUAGCCAACCUUUUGAAGAACGCUGGUCUGCAGGUUAGCGUCUACGACAAGACGCAGCCAAACCCAAAUGUCCAAAACGUCGAGGAUGGUUUGAAGAUAUUGAAGGAGAACAACGCUGAAGCUGUUGUUUCGUUGGGUGGCGGUUCCGCCCACGACAACGCCAAGGCCAUUGCCCUUUUGGCCACUAACGGCGGCCAGAUCGGUGACUACGAGGGUGUGAACAAGUCUAAGAAGGCUUCUCUUCCUCUAUUUGCUAUCAACACAACUGCCGGUACCGCUUCUGAGAUGACCCGUUUCACUAUUAUCUCCAAUGAGGCCAAAAAGGUGAAAAUGGCCAUCAUCGACAACAAUGUGACCCCCGUCGUGGCGAUCAACGACCCAACUUUGAUGUACGGUUUGCCUCCAGCCUUGACCGCUGCAACCGGUAUGGAUGCCUUGACUCAUUGUAUUGAGGCCUAUGUCUCUACUGGAGCCAACCCCAUCACCGACGCGUGUGCCAUCAAGGGUAUCGAUUUGAUCCACAAGAGCUUGCUGGAAGCCUUCAACAAAGGUUCCGACAAGGAGGCGAGAACCGACAUGUGCUACGCUGAGUACCUGGCCGGUAUGGCUUUCAACAACGCCUCCCUGGGCUACGUCCAUGCCAUUGCCCACCAACUCGGUGGUUUCUACCACUUGCCACACGGCGUCUGCAACGCUGUCUUGCUGCCUCACGUCCAAAGCUUCAACAAGAGAGUGCCAGCAAUCGAAAAGAGACUGGGUGAAAUCGCUGCUCAUCUGGGCGAAUCCACCGCCACUGCGGACUCUGCCAUCGAAGCUGUACACAAGCUGAACAGAUCCUUGAACAUCCCAAGAAACCUAAAGGAUCUUGGCGUCAAGGUAGAAGACUUUGACAUCCUUGCUGAGAACGCUAUGAAGGAUGCCUGUGGCUUGACGAACCCUGUUCAAUUCACCAAGGACGAAGUCAAGCAGAUCUUACAACAAUCUUACGACUACUAG